CCUCCCUCUAAUCAUCAACAUCCUGGACGUCAAUGAUAACACACCCGUCAUCGAGAGCCAGGGUGGCUACAAUGUCAGCGUCAGCGAGAAUGUGGGAGGCGGUACGUCCGUCCUGCGCGUGGUGGCCACAGACCGUGACAUCGGGCUCCCAACGCCAUGCUCUUCUACUACAUCACCUCGGGUAACAAGGACCUCACCUUCCGGAUGGACCGCAUGACCGGCGAGAUGGUGACCCGACCAUCCCCACCUGACCGCGAGCGCCAGCAGGAGUACCGGCUGAUCAUGAUGGUGGAGGACGACGGCACGCCGUCACUAUCGUCAUCGACUACCAUCUACGUGCGUAUAGUGGAUGAGAACGACAACGCGCCAGAGUUUCCAGAGGAAGAGUAUGUGACGGUGCUGAGCGAGGGCCCCAACACCGUGGGUGCCAUUAUUGCCACGGUAACCGCCAUCGACCCAGACGAGGGCCUCAACGGCACCCUGCGAUAUGCCAUCGACCACGGAAACCUGGCCAUCACCUUCCACAUCAAUCACACUACCGGAAGGAUUGUUGCAGUGAAGGAGCUGGACUUUGAGAUCAGCAAUGGACACUACACACUUAUCGUCACAGCAACGGACCAGUGUCCCAUCCAUGCCCUCCGCCUGACUUCCAGCACCACGGUGUUGGUGAAUGUCCUGGAUGUGAACGAUGUGACCCCCACCUUCACCAAGCCCUAUGAGGGGCCCUUUGAGAUAACAGAGGGCCAGCCGGGGCCCCGGGUCUGGACCCUCAAGGCCAUCGACCAGGACUCUGGACUCAACGGCAAAGUGGAGUACAGCAUCACUGCCGGAGACCCCCAGAAUGAGUUUGUAGUUUCUCCAGUGGAGGGAGAGCUGCGUGUGAGGAGAGAUGUGGAGCUGGACAGAGAGACCACACCCUUCUACAACAUCACUGUCAUGGCCAAAGACCUUGGUAACCCACCACGCAGUAGCAUGGUGGUGGUGGGUGUCCAAGUGCUGGACAUCAAUGACAACGACCCCAUGCUGUUGAACCUGCCCCACAACACCAGUGUGAGAGAGGGGGCGUCCAUCCACACCUUGGUGACAACGGUCCAAGCACGUGAUAUGGACAGUGGACGCAACGCCCUGCUCACCUACAACAUCACUGCCGGAAACCACGAUGGAGCUUUCUACAUCAAUGACACUACAGGGAUGGUGCAGGUGAACAGGCCUCUGGACAGAGAAAGGGUGGGGGAGUACAGACUGACCAUCACCGUUAAAGACAACCCUGAGAAUCCCCGCAUCGCUCGCCGGGACUCAGACAUGCUGGUGAUCGCAGUUCUGGAUGAUAAUGACAACAGGCCCAUAUUCACACAGACCAGCUACCGGGCUGAGAUCUCUGAGAACUCCCCCUCAGGCAGUGCUGUGUCAGUGUUGAAUGGACCAGUGUUGGCUGAGGACAAAGACAUUGGGCCCAACGCUGUGGUCAGGUACCGUCUGCUGGGAACAAGACUGGACCUCUUCACUGUGGACUCUGAUACAGGUAUAGUGCGUGUGCGACAGAAGGCUCUGUUGGACCGCGAGGCGUUUGUGGAGCCGCGGGUGGAGCUGCUCCUGGUGGGGGAGGAUGUGGGAGGGCUCAACAGCAGCGUGCCCCUCACUGUGACAAUCAUGGACCAGAACGACAACCCUCCUGUCUUUAACCCCCCCAGCCUCACUGUGCACCUCCCUGAGAACAGCCCCACUGGUGUGGUGGUGACCCAGCUGUCUGCCAGUGACGCUGAUUCAGGCUCUAAUGCCUGGCUGCUUUACCGCCUGGAGAGCGGUGCCCAGGACCGCUUCGUAGUUGACUCCCUCUCUGGUGCCGUCCUGGUGGGCAACGCCACCCUCGACCGCGAGGAGCGUGGCUCCUACCGCCUGGUUGUCGUGGCUACUGACCGUGGCACACCCUCAUUGUCGGGCACGGCCACCCUGUCGGUCAUCCUGGAUGACGUCAACGACUCGCGACCACGUUUCCUGGAACCCGUGACAACUAUUAACAUAAACGAGUCUACACCGCCGGGCGAGGUGGUGGCAACGCUCGCUGCGAAGGACCCUGACCUACGACCCCGGCUGGAAUAUUACAUAAUCUCUGUGGAGGCGAAGGAUGAUGGAAAUAACCCUGUUGUUGGGCUGCAAGAGUCAUUCGGCAUCGAUUUCCACACGGGUGCUGUGUUUGUGCGUAACCCACUCAACAGAGAGCUGGUGGCCACCUUUGAGAUCCUUGUGUCGGUGCAUGACAACGCCAGUGAUAUCAUCGACAUGUCAGUCAGCGUACCUAAUGCGAGACUGAUAGUGAACGUGCUGGAUGUGAAUGACAACGCCCCGCGGUUCAGACCCUUUGGAGUGGCCAACUUCUCAGAGAAGAUUCUGGAAGGCGCUCAGCCAGGCACCACUCUGCUGUCCGUGUCAGCUGUGGACCCAGACAAAGGCCCUAACGGACAGGUCAUCUACCAGCUGCUACACCUGCCCAGAGGGGACUACCUCAGACUGGAGGACCCCUCAACUGGUAAGAUCAUAGCCUACCGGACGGUGGUUGAGCAGGUGCAGUGGCUGAACUUCACAGUGAGAGCCCAGGACCACGGCAGUCCACCUAGAGUGGCUGAGCUUCUGUACCUGCGUAUAGUCGAUGUCAAUGAUAACAACCCUAUCUUUAAACAACCCUCUUACCAGAAGCCAGUGUUUGAGGAUGUUGACUUGGGCACGGUCAUAGUGAGAGUCAGUGCCACAGACGCAGACUCUGGCCUCUUCUCUGUCAUCGAGUACAGCCUAGUAGAUGGAGAGGGCAAGUUUGGCAUCACUCCAUCCACUGGUGACAUCUACAUUCUGUCUCCACUGGACAGAGAGACUAAAGACCACUUCACCCUGACAGCCAUCGCUAGGGACAACCCUGGCGGCAGCCCCAACAACCGACGAGAGAACUCUGUUCAGACAGGAGCUGGGAACAGAGACUGGGAUAACUUCCACUUUGAUGCCAUUACAGGAGUCAUCACCACCGCCAUCAAACUGGACCGAGAGAAGCAGCCCUGCACACUGAUUGUUGUGGCCUAUGACCUAGGUCAGCCCGUGCCUUAUGAGACAACCCAGCCCCUACAGGUGGCGCUGUUGGACAUCGAUGACAACGAGCCUGUCUUCUUCAAGCCCCCGCGAGGCAGCCUGCCGUACCAGACUCUGUCUGUGUUAGAGCACUCUACUCCAGGGACAGUAGUGGGUAACGUGACAGGAGCUGUGGACGCAGAUGAAGGCUCCAACGCUGUAGUCUACUUCUUCAUAGCAGGGGGAGAUACUGAAGGUAACUUUGGCCUGAGCCCAGGGGGCGUACUGAAGGUGAAGAAGGAUCUGGACCGUGAGAACAUCUCAGUGUACUCCAUCAUCGUCAAGGCCUCCAGCCACAGGAACUGGGCCCCUGCUAGGGGUCAAAGGUCAGCCUGGGGAAGAGCACUUGACCCCAGCCGUGACCCAACCCUGGAGGAGGUCAGAAUCUACCUGGAGGACAUCAACGACCAGCCACCACGCUUCACCAAGCUAGAGUACACUACAGGUGUGGCUGCUGAUGCCAAGGUAGGCUCAGAUCUGAUUCGGGUACAGGCCAUAGACAACGAUGUAGGGAACAACAGCCUGGUGCUGUACCAUGUCCUGUCCAUCCGCUACAUUAAACUCCAGUCCAAUGACACUGAGGACAUAGGAAACGGCUUCAUCAUAGGAGAGACAGAUGGGAUCAUCCGUACCUUUGACCUGUUCACGGCUUACGACCCGGGCUACUUCGUGGUGGAGGUGUUGGCACGGGACCUGGCGGGCCACAGUGACAUCGCCAUGGUGGGCAUCUACAUCCUGCGGGACGACCAGCGGGUGAAGAUCGUCAUCAACGAGAUACCAGAGCGGGUACGACAGUUCCAGGAGGAGUUUAUCAACCUGCUGUCCAACAUCACUGGAGCCAUAGUCAACACGGACGAUGUGCAGUUCCACGUGGACAAGAAGGGCAGAGUGAACUUUGCCCAGACAGAUGUGCUCAUACACGUGGUCAACAAGCACACCAACCGCAUCCUGGAUGUGGAAAAGGUGAUUCAGAUGAUUGAUGAGAACAAGGAACAGCUGAAGAAACUGUUCAGGAAUUACAACAUCCUGGAUGUCCAGCCUGCCGUCAGCGGGAGAGCACCUGAUGACCUCACUACGCUACAGAUGGCCAUCAUUAUCUUAGCUGUGUUGCUCUUCUUGGCAGCCAUGUCAUUCAUCUUCAUGAACUGGUACUAUCGCACAGUACACAAGAGGAAGCUCAAAGCCAUUGUAGCAGGAUCCACAGGGAAGCAAGAUCUCAUGGACAUCCUGGAUUUGCCCAACACCAAUAAAUACUCAUUUGAGGGGGCCAACCCUGUGUGGCUAGACCCGUUCUGUCGGAACCUGGAGCUAGCUGCCCAGGCAGAGCAUGAAGACGACCUGCCGGAAAACCUCAGUGAGGUCACUGACCUGUGGAACAGCCCUGCUCCUACUCACGGAACAUUUCGGGGGGGGGGGGACCGCAAACCUCAGGCAAAGCCUGAGGAUGACCGUUACCUGAGAGCAGCCAUCCAGGAGUAUGACAACAUCGCCAAGCUGGGCCAGAUCAUGAGGGAGGGGCCCGUUAAGGGCACAUUGCUCAAUGUGGUUCUGGACGACUACCUGAGGCUCAAAAAGCUCUUUGCAGCCAGACUGGUCACCAAGUCGACCAGCCAAGGCGACCAAUCGUCAGUCACAGAGCUGAUCCAGAGUGACCUGGAUGAUGACGAGGAUGAGCGAGUGGGCAUGGGUGACAGCUGGGGAACGCUGCGCUUCAAACACAAGCUCCCCGUGGAGAUGAGGGGACCCGACGGCGUGCACGUUGUUCACGGCAGCAUGGGCACGCUCCUGACCUCUGACCUCAACAGUCUGCCUGAGGACAACCAGCUGGCCCUGGCGCGCUCCAUGGAGGCGCUUAACGCCACCGACAGUGGGCUGUACGCUGAGCGCAAUGCCCGUACCGAGUCYGCCAAGUCCACGCCGCUGCACCACAACAAGAACGAUGACACACUGUCCGAGAGCCCGCUGGAGAUCACCGAGUUAUGACUAGCCUCGCUGGUCUGAGAAGAUCCACCACUGAGUGGAGUGUCCUCCUGUCCCCCUGCCUCUUCCUCUAUCCUCUCCUCAAAGACUGAGUGUCAGACACUGACCACUGUGACCAGUAUACAGCCAGGGGAGAUUUGGGAAAGCGGGCAGGGGGCCAGGGGUUGGAGGAGGUGGAGUGUAUAGUCUGGGAGCUUCAAAUACCAGUGAAGAUCUUUGUGAGCCAUGGAUGGCAUGUGUAAGGGAUUUUAAUUUCGUUUAAUGCCUGAUGGUGGAUCAAAUGCAUAGACCUGUGUCAAUCGAAGACCUGGAACAUAAAAUAGCAAAGCAAACUGAAAGACUACUAAGAUAAAAGAUUUUGAUAAAUAGGACAUUAUGGCCAGCUUGUCUCUUGCAGGACAUUAUUUGGUCUCUUACACAUUCAUCUAAGAUCCAGGUGCCCAGCUAACAACAUUCCCACACUUUUAGAGAACAUUCCCUUAAGAGUCUCAUUAGAUCAUUACCCAGUGGUGUAAAGUACUUAAGUAAAAAUACUUGAAAGUACUACUUAGG